GGACGAUUAAGAGAUAAAAGCUCUCAGCUGCACUUAAAGGCAGAUUGAAGGGGGAGGGAAAGCAGCAGCCCUGGCAGGACACUCGAGCACCCCCGGCUCCUCUUCUCCCUGGUCUGGGGACGUGUCCCCUACACCCUGGGCUACCAUUACCGUCCCCCCAGAGCUGAGCUCCAGGUGCUGGACGUGUCCCCAAGGGCACAGAAUCUGCUGCCAGAGCUCCCCCCAGGGUGUUGAUCCCACCAGACCCAGGUCUCCGUGCUCCUCUGGACCCAAACAUGAAAAACUGGGUCUGCAAUUCGGGGCAGAAACUGGAAGUUUUCACCCCUUUUCUGGGAAAGCACCGUCCGUUCUUAGGGCGUUGCUGCCAGACCUGCACCCCGAAGAGCUGGGAUGGAUUCUACCACAAGCAUCUCUCCUCUCUCGGCUUCCGCGAUGCCAUCCGGGUGACGGAGGAGGACACGCGGUACCGGGGCUGGCUGGUCCGAAGGGUCUGUGGAUUCCUCGCCAUCUGGGGCUGGGAAGUUCCUGUGGACACCCCCAGGGACCUCCUGGCCAGGAUCUGCCGCAGCAGGAGGGUACGGGAUGUAGCUACUGGCGGGUCCCAUGGCUCGAGUGGGGACGGCGAAUCCCACCGGCGGUGGAAGGAGAAAAUAGUCCGUAUCCUGGCUGAAAUCCAGGCCCCGCUCUCCCUUCUCAUGCUGAGGCUGUGCAACUGGGCUUUGCUCAAGCUCCUGAACUGGCUCUUCCUCAGUGUGCAGCUCCACCGGGGGCAGCUGGCGAUGGUGCUGAGGGCUGCCAGGACGCCCAAUGUGCCGCUGGUUUUCCUCUCGACCCACAAAUCCCCGCUGGAUGGGCUGCUCCUGUCCUUCCUCCUCUUCUCCCAGGGGCUGGGGGUGCCCAGGGUGACGGUGGGCAGCCAGGUCUGCAGCCCUCGCCUCCGAGCCUUGCUCGCCCGCCUGGGAGGGAUUUUCCUGCCGUCGAGGAUGGAGCAGACACUGAGUGACCAGGAUGAAGGGCUCCCGGGGGCUGUCCUGGCCACGUACACGGAGGAGGUGCUGAGGAGCCGCCAGCCCCUGCUUAUCUUCCUGGAGGAGCCCUUGGUCGCCCUGCACCUCUCCCCCCCUGCCCGGCAGUGGCUGGCCAUGGUGUACCGAGCCAUGCGGGAUGGUGCCGUCCCCGACGUCCUCCUGGUCCCCGUGGGCAUCGCCUAUGACAUGGUCCCCGGCGGUUUGCAGUGCCAGGGAGCGCACGGCACCCAGCCCCUCGGCCUCGGCACUUGCCUGCGGGCCGCCUGCCGGGCCCUGCGCCGGAGCCAUGGCUGUGCCCGAGUGGACUUCGCCCAGCCCUUCUCCUUGCAGGAGUUUGUGGCCAAAAACCUCGUCAAGCAGAGCUGCAGGGGGAAGCGGCUGGAGGAGCUGCUGCUGCCCACUAUCCUUGGCAUGGGCCCCAACCAGCUGGACACCCAGAAGGCAGAGCUUUGGAGUCCCAGCCCUACGGCGGCCACUGGUUUAGGGGUAGAAGAGGAAAUACUGGUGACCAAGCUGGGCCUGCACUCCCUGAGUGACGGCGUUGCCUGCUCUGCUGUCAUGGCUGUGGGGAUCACAGCUGCGCUGCUGCUGCACAAGCACCAGGAGGGUGUCUUCCUCUCCCAGCUGAUGCGGGACUUUGCCUGGCUGCUGGAGGAGAUCCUGCUGCGCCAGCGUGACGUGGGCUUCUCGGGGCAGCUGCGUGCCCUGGUGCAGCACAGCCUGGCCCUGCUCCGAGCCCACCUCACCCUCUACCACCUCGCCCCCAUCGGUGACAUCCUGGUGGUCCCCGAGGCCUCAGUGGUGGCCCUACGGGAGCUGGGCCACCACAGUGCUGCCAUCCUGCCCAUCUUCGCCCGCGAGGCGGUGGGAGCCUGCGCCAUCCACGCCCUGCUGAUGGAGAUGCUGCCCUUCCUGGGGGUGACCGUGGGACCCUCCGGCAUCGUGCUCAGCCAGGACGAGUUGCUCCGCAAGAUCCUGGAGCUGCUCCGGCUGCUGCCCCCAAAUCUCCUGGGACUGCAGCCCUGCCAGCCCCUCGACUGCCUCAGCCGGGACAUCCUGGACAAGCUGCUCCUCUGUGGGCUGCUGGAGGCUGAAGAGCCGGAGAGCGAGCGCUGGGUCUGCGACUUGGCCCCGCGCCCCUUCUGCAGCCGGCGGCCCUGGGCAGGGAUGGACUUCACCGACAGCGACAGUGACAGCCAGGACGAGGCCCCCAAGCACUGCUUCAAGCUCAGUGAGCCCCAGGGCUCUCCCGGCCUCCUCCUCUUCCUCUGCCACCUCCUGCGCCCAGUAUUGAGGACCUGUGCCAGUGCCGUGGCUUUCCUGGACCGACCCAGCUGGCCCCAGCCUGAGCCAGCCUACGUCGAAGCACUGCUGCAGUUCCUGAGCGAGGAGGAUGCUUUCGAGCACCCGGACAGGAGCUUGGUCCUCAGCUCCCUCCAGACCUUCAAGGAGAUGGGGGUGCUGGAGGAGGUGUGGACCCCUGCAGGCCCCCUGCUCUGCCUCACCCAGCCUUUCCACUCCAGCAGCAGCCGUGCCAAGCUGCAAGCCUUCAUCCAGCAGUUCGUCCCGGCCGUAGCCACCAGUGCCGGUAAAACCAGGAGCUGCCACUGCCAAUAAACGUGGGAGCAGG